UGAAUUGUAAACAAAUACAUUAAAAAAGAAUAUUCUGUUUAAUUGUUGAAAACGGAAACAACCAAAAGAAAUCCCCGAUUAACGAUAAACGAUAAUUAUGGAAAGCGCAUCAAAUAAUUCUGCCGAUGAGCCGAACGCGGAACAAAUUGUUCGAACUGACUCAAAUUGCUUGGCACGCAUCGAUAUGGAAAUGGAUGCCACUUACCAAACUGAUAAUCCUAAUAAUAAUAUGUUGGCCAAUAAUCAAUUUGGUUUUCGUUGGAAACGCGUUUUAAAUCCAACGGGGCCGCAGCCGCGUCCUCGCCACGGUCAUCGUGCCAUAAAUAUCAAGGAAUUAAUGGUCGUUUUUGGUGGUGGCAACGAGGGAAUUGUCGAUGAAUUACAUGUUUAUAAUACAGUCACCAAUCAAUGGUAUGUGCCCGUGCUGAAGGGCGAUGUGCCAAAUGGUUGUGCCGCUUAUGGAUUUGUUGUGGAAGGCACCCGCAUGUUUGUCUUUGGCGGCAUGAUUGAAUAUGGCAAAUAUUCAAAUGAACUUUACGAGUUGCAAGCAACCAAAUGGGAAUGGCGCAAAAUGUACCCAGAGACGCCGGAUAACGGUGUCACACCCUGCCCCCGGUUGGGGCACAGCUUCACGAUGGUCGGCGAGAAAAUAUUCCUGUUUGGCGGAUUGGCCAAUGAAUCGGAUGAUCCCAAAAAUAAUAUUCCCAAAUAUCUAAAUGAUUUGUAUAUAUUGGAUACGCGAGGCGUGCACAGUCACAAUGGCAAAUGGAUAAUACCCAAGACAUUUGGCGAUAGUCCGCCUCCCCGGGAAUCGCACACGGGUAUUUCGUUUACGAGUAAAGAUACGGGCAAAUUGAACCUACUCGUCUACGGCGGAAUGAGCGGUUGUCGCCUGGGCGAUUUGUGGUUGCUUGACACGGAUUCCAUGACGUGGGAGAAACCAAGAACUCGAGGACAAGCCCCACUUCCGCGAUCCUUGCACAGUUCGACAAUGAUUGCAAAUAAAAUGUAUGUUUUUGGCGGCUGGGUACCACUGGUGAUAAAUGACUCGAAGGCGACAACAGAACGUGAAUGGAAAUGCACAAAUACGCUCGCCGUACUUGAUUUGGAUACGAUGACGUGGGAGAAUGUCACCCUGGACACCAUCGAGGAGAAUGUGCCCAGAGCACGAGCCGGGCACUGUGCCGUUGGCAUUCAGAGUCGUCUCUAUGUUUGGUCGGGGAGAGAUGGUUAUCGCAAAGCUUGGAACAACCAGGUUAGGGUGUGUUGCAAGGAUCUGUGGUACCUCGAGGUGACGAAGCCGCUGUAUGCUGUCAAAGUGGCGCUGGUGCGUGCCUCAACCCACGCGCUGGAACUCUCCUGGACGGCGACAACAUUUGCGGCAGCUUACGUGUUACAAAUACAAAAAAUAGAACAGGGUCCGGUGAGUGCCACAAAGCAGCCGCCAGCUCAGAAUGUGGCUAAUGCAGGUGCCACUAAUGGAGGCGUCACAGAUGCUGUUGCAACAACAGCGCCAACUUCAAGUGCAGCAUUGAAAUUCGAUAAGAGCCCGAUUUCUGUCUUGCAUCUAAAUGAGGCAAAAACGCCGGCCGCAGUGUAUGUGGCACAAACGCCAGCGUCGCAACUAAAGCCGAUAUUGGCUGCCACAACUGUGGCAACUGUGCAACAACAACAGCCACAAUUAUCCAUCAUAAGCAGCACAGCUGCAACAACAAACAGCAGCAGUGGCGUGGCGAGUGGCGUUGCUGCUGCCGGUGGCAUCUUACACAAGUUUCGGCCCAAAGAUGUGGCAAGUGGCACGCCUAGUAAUAUACUGCAACUCAGCUCGACACCGAGUUCAAUUGGUGGCGCCUCCUUGCGCAUUGUACCGAGUGUUGCAACGUCAGCUGGCCAAACUUUGCGGCUUGCCACAAGCAGCAGCAGUGGCAGCUACGGUACCACCAGUGGCGCCACAACAACAAUACUAAAAGCGACAACAGCUGCCACAAUGCAACAACAACAACAGCAACUGCAACACUCAACAGCAACAACAACUGCGACUGCAACAACUUCCAUCGGUGGCAAGCAGUAUUUUAUACAGAAACCAUUAACACUCGCCUCCAACGUGCAGCUACAGUUUGUGAAGACGAGCAGCGGUGGCAUGGCUGUGCAAACAUUGCCAAAGGUCAACUUUAAUAUUGCCAAGGGUGCUGCAACAACGGGGCAGGCGCAGGUGCAAGCACAUGCUGCAAUAUCCAUUUGUAAUCAACAACAUGCCUCGGCGCCUGGUGGAUCGACACAAAUACAGUCACUGGUGUCGGGCAAUGUGCUAAAAUUGGUGUCGCCACACAGCGUUGCCGGUGGCAAGUUGAUAAUGAAAAACUCAAACAUAGUGCAAAUGGGGAAAGUGACGCCAAAUGUGAUGGGUGGCAAGCCGGCGUUUGUCAUCACCAGCAACAAACAAGGCGCCCAAUUGGGUAAUCAGCAAAUAAUCAUUGUUACCACGGGCACAACCGGAUUGAGGAGCGUGUCCUCCACUGGUGCCGGUACAGCUGUCAUGAGUAGCGCCGGCAGCAAUGCCACAAAUAUUGUCAGCAUUGUUGGCUCUACGGGCACAACAGCGACACCCUUGGCUGUUGGUGGUGGCGCUACAACACGUACCGUUAUCUCUGCCACGCCGACCAAUAUGAAAAUGGUGCGUAAUUUAACGGGUACCGCCGGUAUUGCUGGCAGACCCAUUACUCUAACGCUACCCACCUCAACGACAACAACAACUCAACUGAUAACUGCCGGCAAUGCUGCGCAGAAGUUGCAACAGAAGACGGCUGUUUAUAUUGGUGGCAAGCCGGUCACUGUGAUGAGUGCCUCAAAUGCGGCAGCCAGCACUCCCGGCACCAACAAGCUGGUCAUGUUGCCAGGUGCAACGGCGGCGCGAAAGGGUUUCGUCAAUAUUUUUAAUGCGGGCGGCGUCGCAACGGCUGCGGGUCAACGAACUUUGACCCUCUCAGCGCGGGGUGCUCCCCUUAAGACCACCACACCCAUUAUACCCCUCAAGCAGAAAGACAAAAUUGUCGAGGCAACAACAACAACAACUCAACAGCAGCAACAGUCGAUUAAUAUUGCCAAAUUGGCCGAUUUGGAUGCGGAUCCCAUGGAUGAUAUUAUUGAGCAACUAGAUGGCGUCGAUGAUUCAUUUAAACAACCAAAGGAUGAUGAGCAUAUUGAUGAUAAGGUGGCGAGGGAUGAGCAGGAGAAUGCCAAAUCUACAUCCACACCCGCUUCAACAUCGGCAACAGCUGCGGCAACAGGAUCCGAUACGCUGCUGGAUUUGGAGAAAGCAGCUGUAAACGAUGAUGUUUCUGGUGUUAGCAGCACGACGGAUCUGCAGCAUACGGCACAAGCAUGUCCGGAAGAGAAUAUGGAUACAAAUGCCAAUCUCUCAGUGGCAGCAGCUACUGCUGCUGCUGUGACUACAACUGGAGCUGAUUGCAAUCAGCCGACUGCAUCGGAGACGGAGGCUGCCAAUAUAUUGACGACGAUCAAGUCAGGUGAGGCUUUGGUGCUGCUGAAGGACACAACCAUAUCGACGACAAGCGAAUCGGACGCAGAUCAAUCCCAAUUACCGUUAAACGUGCAGCGUCAGCAUCAGCAUCAUCAUCAAAACGUGGAGGGCUCCCAAUUGGAUGCGUUGGCAUCGGCAGCUGUGAUGCAGGCGGCGACUGCUUCGGCGGAUUGCAGUAAAACGGCUGCAGCUAGCAGAAGUCUGCUAGAUGGCAGCUCCUCCUCCGCCUUCGCCUCUUCAGUCAGCCAAUUCAGCUAUACCAAAUCGAAUGAACAAACGAAAAGCUUCAACAACAACAACGACAACAAUGCUGUGUCCACUAAUAAUAACAGUAAUAUAAUCGAUGACAACGACAAGUGGCAUACGGUGGGUAUUUUCAAGGAGCUCUCUCACACGGUGACCAGCUACAUCGACUAUAAAUAUUUCAACGAGGCGACGCAGCGCGACAAUUUUGACACGGAUCAUUUGCCCGAUUUGGCGCAAUAUCCACGCAUCAGUUUGGAUCCGGGCACCGCGUAUCGCUUUCGCCUCGCUGCUCUUAACACCUGUGGGCGUGGCGAGUGGGGAGAGAUAUCCAGCUUUAAGACUUGUCUGCCUGGUUUUCCUGGUGCCCCGUCCGCCAUCAAGAUAUCGAAGGAUAUUAAGGAGGGCGCCCAUUUGACAUGGGAACCGCCGCCGGCACAAAAGACCAAGGAAAUUGUCGAAUACUCCGUUUAUUUGGCCGUCAAACCCACCACAAAGGACAAGGUCAGCUCGCCCCAAUUGGCCUUUGUACGCGUCUAUGUUGGUGCCGCCAAUCAAUGCACGGUGCCCAACGCAUCCUUAUCAAACGCCCACGUUGAUUGCUCCAAUAAACCAGCGAUUAUCUUUCGCAUCGCUGCCCGUAAUCAGAAGGGAUACGGUCCAGCGACACAAGUCCGAUGGCUUCAAGAUCCAACAACAACCAAGUUGCAAGGCUGCGCCGCAAAUGCGCCCAGUUUGAAGCGGACACAGGAGAAGACUGGCGGCGGCGCCUCGUCGGCAGGCAGUGCCUACAGCUCACCGCAGAAGCGGGCGAGGAGCUCCGGUUUGCAGGGUACCGAAUGAUUAUCUUUAUCGUUAUCGUUAUCGCCGUGGCAAAUCUAACUGGAAGCAGUCUAUUAUAUAUUGUACAGUGCAUCAUCAUCAUCCAUCAGUUGGAAGGAAUUUGUUUUCCAAACGAUUGUCGAAAAAGUGCAAGAGAAGAUCUGGAUUUGGUCGUCUUACUUUUAA